GCCGUCAGGGCGUCGCACCCGGGCCCGGCCGACCACAGGUGUAUGCGCGUCCGCUGAGAGUCCGAGAUGGCCGUGCGUCCCGGGCCGCUCUGGCUACUGGGUCUGGCUCUGUGCGCGCUGGGCGGCGGCCACGGCCCGCGUCCUCCGCACACCUGUCCCCAGCGUCGCCUGGGAGCGCGCGAGCGCCGUGACAUGCAGCGCGAGAUCCUGGCGGUGCUUGGGCUGCCCGGGCGGCCCCGACCCCGUGCGCCACCCGCCGCGUCCCGGCAGCCAGCGUCUGCGCCCCUCUUCAUGCUAGACCUGUACCACGCAAUGGCGGGUGACGACGACGGCGGGCAACCGCAGCCUCACUUGGGCCGGGCGGACCUGGUCAUGAGCUUCGUCAACAUGGUGGAGCGUGACCGUACUCUGGGCUACCAGGAGCCACACUGGAAGGAAUUCCGCUUUGACCUAAGCCAGAUUCCUGAUGGGGAGGCUGUCACAGCUGCUGAGUUCCGGAUAUAUAAAGAGCCCAGCCCCCACCCGCUCAACACAACCCUCCAUGUCAGCAUGUUCGAGGUGGUCCAGGAGCACUCCAGCAGGGAGUCUGACUUGUUCUUUUUGGAUCUUCAGACGCUCCGAUCUGGGGACGAGGGCUGGCUGGUGCUGGACAUCACAGCAGCCAGUGACCGCUGGUUGCUGAACCAGAACAAGGACCUGGGACUGCGCCUCUAUGUGGAAACCGAGGAUGGUCACAGCUUGGAUCCUGGGCUGGCUGGUCUGCUGGGACAACACGCACCACACUCCAGACAGCCUUUCAUGGUCACCUUCUUCAGGGCCAGCCUGAGUCCUGUGCGGGCCCCUCGGGCAGCGAGGCCACUGAAGAGGAGGCAGCCAAAGAAAACUAACGAGCUUCCGCACCCCAACAAACUCCCAGGGAUCUUUGAUGAUGGCCACGGUUCCCGAGGCAGAGAGGUUUGCCGCAGGCACGAGCUCUACGUCAGCUUCCGGGACCUCGGCUGGCUGGACUGGGUCAUUGCCCCCCAGGGCUACUCAGCCUAUUACUGCGAGGGGGAGUGUGCCUUUCCACUGGACUCGUGUAUGAACGCCACCAACCAUGCCAUCUUGCAGUCGCUGGUGCACCUGAUGAAACCGGAUGUUGUCCCCAAGGCAUGCUGUGCACCCACCAAACUGAGUGCCACCUCUGUGCUCUACUAUGACAGCAGCAACAACGUCAUCCUGCGCAAGCACCGCAACAUGGUGGUGAAGGCCUGCGGCUGCCACUGA